AUGGCUAGUCAAGUACAAGCGAAUAAGUUUCGAGUCCUGCUGCCCAAGACAAAGUUCUCAUUGCGAACAAAUCCCAUCACUCAAGAGCCUGCCAUCCAAAGACUUGCAAAAUUUGAUCAUCUUUACAAAUGGCAGCAAGAAAGGCAUGAAAACUCUAAUAGAACAUUCACUCUGCAUGAUGGACCACCCUAUGCAAAUGGUGAUCCCCACAUGGGUCAUGUACUGAACAAGGUGCUCAAGGACUUCAUUAACCGAUACAAACUAAUGCGAGGUUACAGAGUCAACUAUCGUCCAGGUUGGGAUUGCCACGGUCUGCCCAUAGAACUGAAAGCUUGUAAAGAUCUGGACGUGAAGGAGCUCUCUCCUCUUAAGAUACGCACAAAAGCUGCUCAGUUCGCCAAAAAGACGAUUAACAUUCAGAGAGAAGCGUUCAAGCGCUGGGGUUGUCUUGGAGAUUGGGAAAACCCCUACAUUACAAUGGAUCCCGAGUACGAAGCUGACCAAAUCAAGGUAUUUCAUGAGAUGUACAAGCGAGGAUGUAUCUAUCGUGGGUUCAAGCCUGUCUACUGGUCUCCCUCAACUGGAACAGCCCUCGCCGAGGCCGAAUUAGAAUACAAAGAACACACUAGCCAAGCCGUUUAUGUCCUCUUUCCUCUGACCAACUUUAAUAGUGUAGUGGAUGGUAUUGCUCCUGACGAUUCCGCUGUGUAUGCAGCUGUGUGGACCACCACCCCUUGGACUCUAUUGGCAAAUAAAGCAAUCUGUUAUCACCCAGAACACACCUACACUCUUGUGCAUACACUAGAUCAGAGAAGUAUCCUACUGGGAAAAACAUCACUGGCUCGAUUAAGUUCCAGUUUGGAAGGAGCUGAAAUUGUUGCCAAUGUCUCGGGGAAAGAUUUACAAGGACUUGAGUACACCAACCCUUUGGAGUCGAGUGGAAAAACACAUCCAUUUCUUCCUGGGGCUCAUGUGACCGAAACGGAGGGAACUGGAUUUGUACACACUGCACCAGCACAUGGAUUUGAAGACUAUCAGAUAGGAGUGCAAAAUGGUCUUAACCUGGAUUGCUACGUGGACCACCAUGGCAAUUAUACCUCUGAACUUGGUGUUGACUUUGAAGGUCUUUUUGUGUUGGAAGAUGGCAACAAAGUGAUUUUGGAGAAGCUUGCAGACAAAGACGUCCUCUUACACAAGCACAGCUACAGUCAUCGAUAUCCUUACGAUUGGCGUUCGAAAAAGCCUAUUAUUAUUCGAUCAACUGAGCAGUGGUUUGCAAGUGUGAAACAGCUCAAAGAAGACGCUGUAUCUGCUGUAGAUGGAGUCAAAAUGCAUCCUGAGUCAUCGAAGAAUCGCCUCCUACCAAUGCUAGAAUCAAGAGAUGACUGGUGUAUAUCCCGACAACGUGUAUGGGGAGUGCCCCUGCCAAUUUUCUACCACAAACACACUGGAGAGACAUUGCUAAACAACGAAACUAUCCUACACAUUGAGAAACUGUUUCGAGCAAAAGGUUCCGAUUGCUGGUGGCGACUGCCAAUAUCUGACUUGCUCCCAUCUUCGUUUAGCUCUCAAGCUGAAGAUUUUGUCAAGGGGUCUGAUACCAUGGAUGUUUGGUUUGACAGUGGAUCGUCCUGGGCCGCAGUACUCAAAGACACAGAUUGUGUGGCAGAUAUGUACUUAGAGGGGUCUGAUCAGCACAGAGGGUGGUUCCAGUCCUCCUUGCUCACCAGCGUUGCAGCUCAAUGCAAAGCCCCUUAUCGAUCGGUUGUUACGCACGGAUUUGUGCUCGAUGGAAAAGGAAAUAAAAUGUCAAAAUCGCUCGGAAAUGUGGUUAGCCCUGAGGACAUUCUGCACAAAAAGCAAUUUGGAGCAGAUGUGAUUCGAUUGUGGGUGGCUUCGACCAACUAUUCUAAUAUCUCUGGUGUGAACAUCAGUGAUGAAAUACUGCAACAAACGAGCGACUCCCUUCAAAGGAUACGAAACAGCGUUCGAUUUAUGCUUGGAAAUUUGUCUGAAUUUGACCCUAAAUGUGACCUUGUACCAUAUGAUCAACUGGCAAGGCUGAAUCAAUAUAUUCUCCAUCUUUUAUCCAAUCAUUGCAGCCUUGCGACGGAAUCGUUUGAAUCUCUCAAUUUUUCCCGUAUUUAUCACACUCUUGGAAAUUUUAUCACGACUGACUUAUCGGCUUUCUACUAUGACAUCAUCAAAGACACAAUAUACUGUGAUGCUCGUGAUAUGAUUAAGAGACGCUCUGUGUUGACCACCCUCCACCAUCUAGUGACUGGUCUGGUGACAUCUAUUGCUCCUAUAGUACCCCAUCUGGCCGAGGAGGUGGCACAACAUUACCCAUUUGAGCAAGGGAGUGUGUUCAAAUGUGUGUGGCCGGAACCCCCCGCAGAGUGGAAUCAACCCCGCCUAGCUGCUGAGUUCGAGGUCAUCCGAUCAGUUCGAGCCAUUUGCAACAAAGCACUAGGCAUUGCUAGAAGCGAGAAAGCCAUUCGAAGUUCAUUGGAAGCGAGUGUGCAUAUUACCACCGACUCGCCCUCUCUCUUCUCACUGCUAUCAGAACAUGAGGCCGAAGAGGUGUCUUCAAACAAGAGUGUGGAAUUCACUCUUAGAGACCUUCUCAUUGUCUCCGGAAUGACUCUAUCAACCAAUCAGAUUACAGACGCUACUCAAAGUUAUUCGCUUACUGAAACUGUGGACUUCAACGGAGAAGAGUGCGAAGUUCAAGCGACAGCCGUAUGUACCGACUCAACAAACUUCAAGUGUCCUAGAUGCUGGAAGUACACUAGUAGAACUGAGAACUGUUUGUGUGAGAGGUGUGUCAGUGUAGUAAGAGAUUUGUAGAAUUUUGUUACACCAUG